GUCGGCGAAGCGGGAACGAAGAAACAAGAAUUGUCAGCAGGAGGGAACACAGGAGCAUCUGGAGUAACGGAGGCUGAGAACAGGGUAGGUUUAAGAAAGGAGGAAAACAGCGGAACGCAGAGCGAAGAAUGGACGAACACAGAAAGCGGGGAAACAGGCGAGAUGGAGACAAGUGCUACAUUGAGCGAAACACUAAGUAAAGAAGAAGAAUCGUCAGUAGGAGAGAACACAGAAGCAUCUGGAGUUACGCAGGGUCAGAUCGCGGCAUGUUUGACAAGGGAGGAGAACAUCGGAAAAGAGAGGGAAGAAUCGACGAACACAGGAGGAGCGAAACAAAUGAGGUGGAGAGAAGUGCAGCAGGCAGCGAAGCAGACGAAAGAACAACAAUGCUUCGAUUUCGUAAGCGGUGAAAACGGCAAAAGGACAAAUCAGAAGUCGAUGUCUACACUGUAUUUACGAGGGGAAAAUAGAGAGCCACGAGGAUUUAAGUCGGGAUCAGUAAACGCAAUACUUCGUAAGGUGUCGGGACGACGCCAUGAGGAACGGCGAGAACGACUGCAUCGGGAAAUCAUACCUAUGCCAGAAUCAGGAUUACCUCCUCAUCAAAAACACGAAACUGAAACUUCUCCAACUUUUCAGAAGAUGUUUUUUGCAGAGUGUGAAGGCAGCGCUAUGCGUAACGGCAUAAACGACUGCAUCACGAAGCCAUAUCUUUGCGAAAACGAGGAUUACCGCAAAGUCAUGGGAGCUAUAUGCCGCAGAACAUGCGGAUUCUGUGGAUCUGGUAAAGAAAAAACGGCAGAAUUAGGCAAGUGGUCCUGUAGUCUGGAGAGGACGGUGGAGUGGUUGAGGAAAAGUGCCUCCGAAGUCGGUGGUGGAGGAGAGCGGAGGGCGUGUAUCAGGUUGUACAAAGACUUUGCGAGAGAUCGCGAGAGCGACGUUAUAAAGGAUUUUGGAAUUGACUAG